GGAGGAAAAGAAGGAGAAAGAGAGGAGGUGCGUGGAGAGGGGAAGCUCCAAUUCCCCGAGUCAACUCGUUGUCAGCCCAGCGAGACAGGGUCGACGGUGCGUCACGCCGCUCUUCCAGUCAGCAGUGGGACAGCGCCGAAGGCCGAAGGAUAUAGGACGCAGUUGACCUCAGCUUGCAGUCGAAGCGAGUGGAAGAAUGACGCCCUCAGUCCAGACGUUUCUAGCAUCGGCGCUGCUCCUGGCAUUCGUCUCUUCGGCCUGCGGACAACAACAAAAUCCGCGACACAACGCUGCUCCCUUCACUCCACCUGUGGCCACGAACGGCGCAGUGCCCCCUCCGGUGGUGGUGGGCCAGGAGCACCUGCAGGUGGCGCAGAACCUGAAAAGCUCGCUGAACCUGCGCUUCCCGGAGGACUUUGUGCGGGACAACCUGGCCGGCUACACGUUCAAGAACCCCAACAUCCUGCUCAAGGCGCUCCUCCACCCGUCCUACAAGGCCAGAGACCGCAAGGGCGCCGCCGACAACUUCGAGCCGCUAGACUACGUCGGGGGCUUCGUGCUAGACUACGUAGUCUCCAGGUACAUCCUGAUGAACUCGCCCAACAAGACUCAGCACGCCAUGUCCCACGCCAAGGUGGCCGUCCUGCGGCAGGACUCCCUGGCCUACUUCGCGGUCAAGAACAACUUCCACAAGUACGUCUUCCUGGACAGACCCAUCGAAAAGAGCUCGCUGCGGGACUUCGCCGAGGGCCUGAGGAACGUUCAUACUCUCGCAGACCUGAAAUUCGCCAAGAAGAAGCGCAGCUUCGUGUACAAGAUCUUCAAGUCGGUGGCCGGAGCCAUUUUUGUGGACAGCGGCUUCAACAUCCAGGAGGUGGAGCCCGUCUUCCUCAAGAUGAUAAAGAGGGAACUUGACCAGGUCCUAAACGCUUGAACACAACCUUUCUUUUGUUGUAUGUUCCUUUUUAUCUUUUUUUUUUGUUCCUCACCCAUGAAUCAUUACCCACCGUUCCAGCUAUUGCAAUCAUCUACAUAUACUCUGAAAUAAAAUCGGGUUUCUUUUUCUUCA